CCCAUGCAGCAGCAGCAGCAGCAACAACAACAGCAGCAACAGGGCUUCCCAAUGGUACAGGUCAUGCAGCCAAAUAUGCAAAGCAUGAUGGGAAUGAACUACGGGGGACAGAUGCCUCCAGGAGCCAUGCCCAUGCAGGGCGGGAUGGCUAUUGGGAUGCAGACCCCCGGGAUGCCGUUCUUGGGCCAGCCCCAGUUUAUGGGUAUGAGACCUGCUGGGCCCCAGUACACCGCAGACAUGCAGAAACAAAUGGCCGAGGAGCACCAGAAGCGUCUAGAGCAGCAGCAGAAGAUGUUGGAGGAGGACAGGAAAAGGCGACAGUUUGAGGAGCAGAAACAGAAGCUGAGGCUGCUCAGUAGCGUCAAACCCAAGACGGGGGAGAAAAGUCGGGACGACGCCUUGGAGGCCAUAAAGGGGAACCUGGAUGGUUUUAGCAGGGACGCCAAAAUGCAUCCCACGCCGUCGUCACAGAGCAAGAAGCCAGACUCAUCAUCAUCAUCAUCAUCCCACGUGUCUGUUACCACUACCUCCCUCCCCCCAACUCUUUCAGAGGCCAAUGAUGAAUUUAGUGAUUUUCAGAGUCCUGUAGACACCCCAGGAUCCUUUCCCACUUCUUCUUCAUCCUCUACCAUCCCUCCGGCCCCCUCGCCCUACUCCCACAUGACAGGUUAUUCCGGAGAGAAUGAGGAGUUUAGUGACUUUGUUCAGGGCCCGGUAAAUUCUGCACACGUCCAACCUUCUGCCCCCCCUUCUUCUGUGUCCCUUUCCACUGCCGCUCCACCCUCUGCUGUCAACACCAGCUCCCAAGGCCCAUCCUUGGAAGAGAAGCUUUUCUCCUCGUGCGACCUCACGGCCCAUAAGACGGCCCAGAUGAACUUUAAAUCCAAGCAGAGUUUGACCAAAAUGAGCCCCAAGGCUAAAGUUUCAGCCCAGUUUCAGGCCAGCAGUAAGGCGAGGAAUUGGGCUGCGGCCCCCGGGGACUUGGGUUCUGUCUUCGUUGCAGAAAGACCCGAGGCCCUCGUAUUGGCGCCCGGCGUGGCCCCGUCUGCCGGCGACUCCCAACCUCAAAGCAGUAGUGACAGUGCGGGUGUUGGUGUGUAUCCACAACAAGAGCACAUCCAGUCCAUGCUGCCAUCUUGGCUUUACAACGACAGUCUCAUCCCAGAGAUGUUCAAGAAGGUUCUAGAGUUCACCAUGACUGCGGCAGGCAUCGACACCGCCAAACUCUACCCCCUCCUCAUGUCGUCGGGUCUUCCCAGGGAAGCCUUGGGGCAAAUCUGGGCGUCUGCCAACCGCACGACACCUGGCAUGCUGACCAAGGAGGAGCUCUACACCGUGCUGGCGCUAAUUGCUGUGGCGCAGAGCGGCCUGCCUGCGAAUGUAGAAAUCCUUAGUCAGUUCCCAACUCCACCAAUGCCCAACCUCCCAGCCCUCGCUAUAGCCAUGGCUCCCGUCAUGCCCCAACACCAGCAGCCCAUGAUGACCCAUCCGCCAGUCUCCAUGGCCAUGACCACCCCGACCCCGCCAGUCAUGACCAUGAAACCGCCGGUUCCUGCACCUGCUCCAGCACCCGCCAAUACAAACUUCAUUGCAAAUUUCCCACCUGCUCAGGGGACCAAAGCUGACGACGACGACUUUCAGGCCUUCCAGGAGGCCCCAAAGGCUGGCAUGGGAGAUCAGGCAUUCACUGACUUCCAAGGGGAGUCGAGUGCAAGUUUUCCUGCCAGCAUGGCAUCGCAGCAUCAAAACAGUGCACCUUCGUUGCUGACUCCACUAUCGGGUACCUCCUCUGACAAGUACGCCGUUUUCAAGCAGCUGUCUGUGGACCAGCCAUCAGAAGCCACAGCCCCUACCUCAGAUGGCGGAGACAAAUACAGCGUGUUUAGACAACUCGAGCCACCUGCUGAUAAGAAACCACUAGGCGAAGGAUUUGCAGAUUUCAAGUCCAUCAGGUCUGAUGACGGCUUCACGGAUUUUAAAACUGCCGACAGCGUCUCUCCACUAGACCCUCCUGAACCGGUCAAGAUCUUCCAGCCUGGCUUCCCUUCUGCUUUUCCCAACUCUCAAUCUCUACAACAACUCCCGCCACAGCCGUCAGCCGUUUCUCUUUCUCAAGCCAAAAACCCUCUCAACAUGUCCGACCUAGACCUUUUCUCCUCAGUCACCCCUUCUGUCUUGCCGGUGACUGACACACAGACUAGCGCCUUCCCCUCCGCGUCCGUGGCCCCCUCUGUAGCCAAGCCCACUGGGGGAGGAGCUGACGACUUUGGCGACUUUGCCCUCUUUGGCACCUCCUCUGCUGCCGCGCCACAGGACGACUUUGCUGACUUCAUGGCAUUUGGGAGUUCUGGGGUGGAGCACAAAGGUGAGAGCAGCGCGGUGGUCCAAGGUGAGACCCCUUCUCAGCAGCGGCCUCAGCGGAGCUCAGACAAGUACGACGUGUUCAAACAGCUGUCUCUUGAGGGCGGCCUGGCCUACGAUGACACAAAGGAGAGCGGCGGUGGCUCCUUUUCGUCCCUCAAGAGCGACACUGACGACUUUGCCGAUUUCCAGUCUUCAAAAUUCUGCACGGCGCUCGGCGCCUCGGAAAAGACUUUGGUGGACAAAGUGGCCGCUUUCAAACAAGGCAAGGAGGACUGCGUGUCUGUCAAGUCCCUCGACCUCCCGUCUAUUGGUGGGAGCAGCGUGGGCAAGGAUGACUCUGAGGACGCUCUCUCGGUGCAGCUGGACAUGAAGCUCACCGAUAUGGGCGGAGACUUGAAGCACGUGAUGUCGGACAGCUCGCUGGAUUUGCCGGGUCUAUCGUCCCACCAGCCUCCCGCUACAGAGGGAGACGACAUGAAAUUUGACCCCUUUGGGACUUCGGCCCUCAGCAGCUUGGCUACUUACGACUGGUCAGACCGGGAGGAAUUUGUCCCCGGUGAGGUCCAAAAGUCUCAAGGCCCGGACCAGCCUGUAGUCCCGACACAAAAACCAGAGCUGAACUUUGAUAAUAGUGCGACCAUCUCAACCACCUCGCCAGCCAAGACCCCCUUCCACACAGAGGACGCCUCAUUUGCCGAAGACAAGUUUGAAGCCUUUGCAGACUUUGGCUCCAGGGACCAAAACGGUGGUGAUGCCGAAGAGGACUUUGGGGAUUUUGCCGGCACAGAAUCGGAGAAGUCAGACUCGUGCCCUGGUGUUGCUGAGGCCGGAUCCGAGGCUAACCAAAGCGAGGCCUCUGAUGAGUUUGGAGCCUUCCAGGGCGACAAACCAAAGUUUGGCAAGUCGGACUUCCUGAAAGCCAGUGCUCAGCCCAAUCUCAAAUCCAGUGAGGAGAUGAUUAAGAACGAGCUGGCUACAUUUGACCUCUCCGUUCAAGGUUCCCACAAACGCAGUCACAGUUUGGGCGAGAAGGAGCUCGGCCGUUCCCCUACAUCUUUAGCUCCAGAGCAACCCUUCAGAGAUCGAUCCAGCACCCUGAGCGAGAAGCCCACCUUACCUGUGAUCCGGGACAAGUACAAGGAUCUGACUGGGGAGGUGGAGGAGAGUGAGCGCUAUGCUUACGAGUGGCAAAGGUGUUUGGAAAAUGCUCUGGAGGUAAUCACCAACGCUAACAACACACUGAAUGGCAUUAGCAGCUCCUCCGUCUGCACAGAAGUCAUCCAAUCUGCUCAGGGCAUGGAGUAUCUGUUGGGUGUGGUGGAAGUGUACCGUGUGACAAGACGCGUGGAGCUGGGCAUCAAGGCGACGGCGGUGUGCUCCGAGAAGCUGCAGCAGCUCCUGAAGGACGUCAGCCGCGUGUGGAACAACCUCAUGGGCUUCAUGUCGCUGGCCAAGCUCGCGCCGGAUGAAACGUCUCUGGAUUUCACCUCGUGCAUUCUGCGGCACGGCAUCAAGAACGCCAAGGAGCUGGCCUGCGGGGUGUGCCUGCUCAACGUUGACUCUCGCAGCAAGCGCAAAGAAGAAAGCACGCUGGGACGCCUUUUUAGACGAGCAUUGACUCCAGAAAGUGUCAGGAGGUCAAGGGCGUUCAACUCUGAGACGGACAACUUCAAGCUGCUGUACGGGGGCCACCAGUACCACGCCAGCUGCGCCAAUUUCUGGAUCAACUGCGUGGAGCCCAAACCCCCAGGCCUCAUCCUGCCCGACCUGCUCUGAUCUUUUGACUCACCUUGUCAUUUAUUUAUUUUUGUCACAAACACGCGGAAUGAUAAUGUUGCCAUUUUACUCUUCACUUCUCCAUGAGGACAGCUGGAUCAUAUUUAUUAAUUCAAAAAUAAUUGUGCUUUUAUGUUUUAAGGAAAACACUGCUCAUAACACUGGAUGUUCACUCGUGUGCAUCACAAGCUCGUCAAAUGUUAGCUCUGGUUUCUCUGGUUUUUAGCCCUUUUGAAUAUUUUUAACUCUCACUUCUUGGCUGGAAGACAUAUUUUAUUUAAAAAAACAUUCUUUUUUUUUUUUUUAGAAGUCUGUUUUGAAUGUCUCUUGUCUGCCCGGGGUAUUUAAAUAGUGUACAUUUUAGGUGUUUAAAAAGCAUCAAGGUUGGGGUUAAGGGGCAAAUGUAAUGAUCGUUGUUUAUGAUGUGAGUGUGACGAGGAGUGAUAACUUAUGCGAAUGUAAAUAAACGAGUGCAGCAGUUUA